CACUAUGUAUAAAAUUUGUUCAUUUCUCUAAAAAUCGUACAAAAACAUGAAUUGAACUCAACUGAGUCGAUUCUCCGAGUUAGGGUUCCGAAAUAAAAAAUGUCGACAUCGAGCUCUCCCACCAGAUCUUCCCCCGAUAACACAUUGGAUUCAUCGCCGUUGCUGAACUCCGCCGCGGCGAACAACGAUCGCGGCCGUCGCUAUCUCCGGCGACAGAGCUUGAGCGAGGCGGCUCGGUUCCUCCGGCGAGCCAGCAGCCGGCGGAUGAUGAGAGAACCGUCAAUGCUCGUGAGAGAGACCGCAGCGGAGCAGCUAGAGGAGCGCCAGAGCGAUUGGGCGUUUUCGAAGCCGGUGGUGGUUCUCGACAUGAUAUGGAACUUCGCGUUCGUCGCCGUCACGGUGGCAGUUCUGGUUCUCAGCCGGAAGGAGUCGCCGUCGAUGCCGCUGAGGCUGUGGAUUGUUGGAUACUCUCUUCAAUGCGUUCUUCAUAUGGUUUGCGUGUUUGUGGAGUACCGGAGCCGCCGUCGCCGGCGGUCUGCAGCGGGUGUGGUGGCGGUGGAAGGGGUUUCGAGCGGUUACGUUUCGUUGGCUCAUCUGAGUGAUGGCAGCACCAGUAGGGUGGCCAAGCACUUAGAAUCUGCUAAUACAAUGUUCUCGUUUCUCUGGUGGAUGAUUGGAUUUUACUGGGUAUCUGCGGGUGGACAAUUACUGGCAAGGGAAUCUCCACAGCUUUACUGGCUCUGUAUAAUUUUCUUGGCUUUUGACGUGUUCUUCGUAGUUUUCUGUGUUGCCUUGGCAUGUGUGAUUGGUAUUGCAGUUUGCUGUUGCCUUCCAUGUAUUAUUGCAAUCUUAUAUGCUGUGGCAGAUCAGGAAGGAGCAUCGAGAGAAGACGUUGAGCAACUCACAAAAUACAAGUUUCGAAGGGUUGGUAUUGACAAGCUUGAUGGUGAGAUACAAGAACCUUUGACAGGAGUGAUGACUGAAUGUGGCACAGAUACACCAAUUGAACAUGAUCUUUUGCAGGAGGAUGCUGAAUGUUGCAUAUGCCUUUGCACUUAUGAUGAUGGAGCUGAGCUUCGGGAACUUCCAUGUGGCCAUCAUUUUCAUUGUACCUGUGUAGACAAGUGGCUUUACAUCAAUGCUACUUGCCCUCUCUGCAAGUACAACAUCUUGAAGAGUAGCAACCAUGGCAGGCAGGAAGUGUAGAAGAAGGUUCAGGAAAUUAUGGUGGAACGUAUGCAGCCCUGCAGGAGGUGUAGAAGAAAGGUUCAGGAAAUUAUUGUGGCACGUAUGCAGCCCUGCAUGCUGCUCAAGCGUGAGAGUUUUAUAUUGUACAUGUUAAUACAGUGGUAAUGGUUGUGUGCGCGCGGUUGCUCUGGCUUUAUCCGGUGUUUGUAUAUAAUAUGGUUGGUUGUCUAGGGCAAUCUGCACGCGAUUAACUCGAGCAUUGUUUUCUGUUUGUUUGUUUGUUUAUUUUUUUUCCUCAUUGUUUUCUCGUAUAUGUUAGGUUAUCAUGAGAAGUUGAUGUAUCCGAAUCACCUUAUAGAAUUUGUAGAGGGUCUUGGAAAUCUCACUGUUAUAUACUCUGUUUCAGAGUGUUGUAGUUAGUUGAGACAGUUUGUUAGUUUGAGCAGUUACUCUGUUUCUGCUAUUUCGGCUGAAGAUGAGUGCUCUGUUUUAGUUGUUAUGAAUGAUGAGCUGUAAUAAGGGUUUGUUUGUGAAAAGUGUAUUUAAGAUUUCAAUAAUUUUACCAUUAUUUCUACCCUAA